AGCGCUUAUCUGCUUUCCCUUUUGAGGCGCUUUCGAUUAACAGAGAUUCAUCGUCUCCUCUGCCUUUCAGCGGCAAAGACGCAACAGAGGCCUCAUAUACACCAGUCUCUCGUGCGAUGUCGUAUCGCUGUCUAUCACCUCGAUUCCGUUCUAUCACGCCAGAUUAUGCUGGGCGCACGAGCCACAGUCGUCCAGAACUCAGGCGCGUCGACAAGAGGUGCGUGCUUGCGCGUGCCAAUGACGGGACACUGGCACGGCGACGGCGUCGAGCUGUACAGUCGUGCUUUGCCCCGGCCACGCAACUUACUGUUUGUGCCACGCCAUCCGACUUACGAUUGGCGAGAUAGCUGACUGGGAUCUCAGGAACGUUGCUAAUGACCGACGCUCUGAUACCGUCAUCUUGAUGUGGCUUCGAGCAUCCGCCUGCGGAAGAGGGUGUGAGACUCUUG